CCCAUAAGAUGACGUCUAUAAAAAGAGAGAGAUAGAAAAUUCAAUAUGGCGAUUAUAAUUAUUGAUAAAUAUAACAAUAAAUAAUAUUAACAAUAACAACAAUAAAUAUCCACGUUUGGAAUUAGUAUCAUUGGCUAAUUGUCUAGCAACAUUUUGAUGAUAUUUUUAAAAUAAUUUCUAUCGAAAUUGAGGUUUGUUGGAUAAAUUUAUGAAGUUUUAAUUGUAAAAUUUAUAACAGUUAUCUUGUUUUGAAAACAAAAACUUUUGAUAAUUCAGUGUCAUCAAUAAAAUAUUCAUUUUGGUCUUCAAAUUUAUAUUAUAUUUUAUUGUUGUAAAUUAAAUUGAUAAUUACAAUAUAUAAUAUUGUAAUUAUUAAAUAAAUAUUUGCAGUAAUAAUAUAAAAAAUGAGUGAUAGUCAAGAUCAAAACGAAGAAGUUCACAGUAUGUCAGAAAAAUUUGAAAAUAUUUCAACAAGUGAUUCUAACCUAAAUAACUUGAAUCGUACAUUUAAACAUGAAUCAUCAUUAUCACCAAGAUCAUCAACAUGUAAAAUGAAUACAUCAAUAAAUUCACCAGCAUCAAGAUGUCAAAAAUAUGAUUAUUCAAAGGAUGAAAGGAAUUUAUUAAAUAAUCCAAUAAAAAAUUUACGUGAAAAAAUUAUAUUUAUUAUUGAUACAGUUGAAGAAAGUAAUUCAACAAAAUUUGAACUUUCAUCUGAAACAAAACAUUAUUCAGCAUUAUCAAUGAUUAAACAUAGUAUUGAAAUGUUUUAUAAUGCUAAAAUUGUAUUAAAUAAUAAUCAUGAAUUUGCAAUAAUGACAUUAACAAAAAAUUCAUGUAAUUGGUUAUUAGAUUUUACAAAUGAUAAAAAAACAUUUUUAAAUUGUUUAGAAAACAUUGAACAAAUUAAUCAAGAUGAUUCAAAAAAUUCAACAUUUGAUAUAACUGAUUGUUUUCGUAAUAUAAUAACUCAUGUAGAUUUUGAAAAUUUAAUUAAACCACCAACACAAGUAAUAAGAGCAAUUAUGAUUUAUUCAAGAUCACAAUGUGAUGUAGGUAUGGAAAGUGAUUUAAAAUCAUUCGGACAAUUACUACGUCAACCAUUAUUUUAUCUUGAUAUUUUAUAUGUACAUGAAACACCAACUGAUGAUAAUAAUUGUGAAGUUAUUUACAAAUCUCUUGUUAAUCUGGAUAUUAAAUCAAAUUUUUAUAUAUUUGAAGUUGGAAGAAAUGCAACAUUUUUACAUAAUCAUAUGGCUAAACUUUUAGCUCAUCCAAUGCAACGACCAAAACAACAAGACACAUGUUAUCAGGUAUUCGAUGGAAUUAUCAACGAUGAUCAAACAGAAAGUGUAUAAUUUUUUUUUCGUAAAUUAUAGAUAAUAUAAAAAAAAAAAGAGUUACUUCAAUUUAAUUAUUUUUUUUAAUGUUUUAUUACUUUUCUUUUUUUGUUUAAAAAAUAAAUUAAAAGUUAUUAUAACUAUUUAUUUUAUGUAAAAAAAAAAAAUA